AUGGCCAGGAAGCAGGGAGGAGACGCCGGUGAGGUGUCGAAAAACAUUGACCGCUACACCUUUGAGUUGGCGGACCCCAGUGGGGUGGCGAAGUUCACCGCCUUUGGGAAGGUUACGAAAGAUUUUUUGCAUGCCUUUGCUGAAACGAAGCACUACGAGGCGCUUCUCAGCGCCUUUCUCCAACAGCUCUUUGUGGAUCCGAACGUCAUCAGCGAGAAGAACUAUAGGGACCUAGAGAACGGUUUGGUCGCACGGGUCAAUGCCUUUCUUGCCGACGAACGCGCGCAUGACAAGGAUCGUCUGCUAAAAGGCCGGAAACCGGUGUAUGACCUAGGCGAGGAAGAGGAGGAGGACCAGGAUGAGGCGGAGCCCGUCCUUACAGAGGAGGAGCUGCGGCAACAGGAGGCAGAGCGCUUUAAGCGAGAGCAGCAGGAGCAAGAACGCAUGGCCGCACGAGAAGAGGAGCGUCGACGCAACGAGGAGCUUCUGCGCCUUCGCGCCCGCCAGGUGGACGCGAAGGCGCUGGAGAAGGUUCUUCAGGGGGCAGUCCUGCUGAAUCCAGGGAGCCUGAAGGCCAAGGGCGGUGGCAAGCAGCAGCAACAGAUAACAAUGGAGGAACUACAGGAGAUGGAGUCACAGGUGACACACAUCAUGAAGGAGAAGGAGCGUCUGCAGUCUGUACUUCACACAAGUGAGGACGAGCUGCCCGCCAAGUUGGAGGCUGCAAAGAAGGAGCUUGAUGAGGUGUUUGCCCAGCUUCGUGGUGAAGGCGGGGCCAACGGGGGCGCUGCAAGGGCGACAUCAAUGCAGCCGAAGCAGAUGAACGCCCGCUUCGCCGAGCUGAAGCAAAAACUCUCGAAGCAAACCAUGGAGCGUAAUCGCUUGGCACUACAGCUGAAGGCCCAACCGCACCUUCUUCGCGAAGAGAUCUUGUCAGUAAUGCAGAAGCGCGAUGAGGCGCGACUAAAACUAAACUCCGCCUAA